CCAUGGUUCCAGGCGCAGCAUUCGGGGCUUGGUGGGAUCCGGAGCAGCUGCGGGUGGAUGCUGACCUGUGCGUCCCGCUGCCUGCCCUCCAGGACCGCUCUGGGCCAGGGGCGUCCCCGCGCCCACUUGUUGGCUGCUGCCAGGGUUGGUCCGCGUGACUCCACAGUGGACCCUGCCUUCCAUCGCUGCUGGAGACCUUGAUCGCCUGUGCUUCUCCUCUGCCCCUUUUCAAACUUGUACAAGGUGCCUUGUGGGUACUGUGGGCCAAGUACAUCCCAGGGAGUUCCAGGUGGCUCUGUUCUCUGUGGUCUCUGGGGACGUUCCCGAGGGGCAACCUAUUUAUUAUUCGCAGACUGGCAUCUCCUUCUCCCUUGGUCCUGGGAACUCUUACCUUUGAUGUCCAGGAUGGCAGCCAGUAGCCACAUAAAGCUUUUUAAACUGACCUGAAAGUGAAGCCACAUUGACUGGUGACUGCUGGGUUGGAGAGUGCUGAUUAGGGACCUGUGAGGUCAUCACAGAAAGUUCUGCAGGCCAGGGUGCUGUUCCUCAUCCUGCCGGGCUCCAUUCCAGCCACAUAUGGCACCCUUUCCUUGAUUAAACCCCUUACUGUCCUUCGAAUAGGUCCCUGCUUGCAGGCACCUCCUAUCCUCUGUAGGUAUGGGCCCAUGGUCACUGUCUCAAUGUCCUUCCCUAUCUCCUGGUAUUUCCUGUUUUAUUGCAUCUCCUUCCCCAGCACCUCUUAUUUGGUCAUUGCCACUUUUCUGCUAGUUUCUGUGUCUGUGAGGCAGAGAUUGGGAUUGAUCCUUACUGUACCUCCAGUGUGGGCACCUACUGGUGGAAAGAUACAGAUGAAGUUUGCUGAUAGCCUCAGGUGUUUAUACUCUGAUAUGGUUCAGCCUGGUACACUAUAGGUCCUUGGUAGAAAUUCUGGGCAGUGCAUGGCUGUGUACACAGGGCAGCAUAGGCUCAGGAGCCAGGUUGUGACUACAGAUGACUGUGAGAGGCUGGUGGAUCCUAGAAGGCUUCCUGCGGGUCACCACCAUCCCUCACCUCCUCAGCUGACCUGGUCUGUGCACAUCCAGCAUCCUGUGGCUGCCCUGACUUUGCCCAGACUGUCUUUUAUGGACACACCUCUUGUCAGGUCUUCUGUAGGCACUGGAAUGACAGCCUUAGGCCCAGGCAGGCAUCUAGGUUUGGGGCUCAUGGACACGCAGGCAUUCCUUAAGUCCCUUCCAUGGCUUCCCGCUGCCUAUAGGGUAAGGUCAGGAUCUGGCUUCUGCCUAGGACAUCAGCCACAUUGUCCAGUUCUUUCUUCACAAGAACAACCAUAGAUGUCCUUGUUUUCUGCACACCACAUAGCUUUUCUUGCACGUGUGUGCGUAUGACUGAGUCUUCCACUUGGAAUGUGCUUGCACUUGCAUGUUUGUCUCAGACACUUCCACCCCAGUUGCCUUUGUGCCCUGAACACCCAGCCUAGCAUCUAGAGCAGGUGGGCACCGGGCAGGUUUGGAUGAAUGAGGUAGCUGUGUGAGAAGGCAGCAAGAGAGGUGCAGGUGUGGAAGUUCAAGGUUUGGGAACCUCCAAGCAGGAGUAGGGAACUUACUUCCCAGAGGGGAGAAAAGAUGCCCAGACCAUGAUCACAGGUGUACCAGCCAUUCACAACAAGGCUUAAUGUGGGGUGCGGGCCUGGGGGUGGGGUUGUCUUCCCAGGUUGUGGAGUUUGAAUUAGGCCAGGUGGCAGGGCAAGGUCUGGUUGGCAGAGAGAAUGGGGUCAUUUGCAGGUGUUAACAUUGGUAGACUAGCCAUACCCACUUUGAAGCCCCCUGGGGGAGGGCCUGCUGCCAUCCUGUUUUACCGAUGAAGAGUCGGGGCCACAGGAAGGUGAACUAGCUGAGUCCCUUAACUGAAGUUUAAGACACCAUCCGCUGGAUCUGGAUGUGUGUACUGCUUCUGAAGUUGUUGGGCAUUUUAUCAUUCUUAAUUGUAUUUGGGAUAAAUGAACAGUUGGCUAAGGUGUGCGCUUUCUUUUUUUAAAUGCACAUGAUGUUCCUGUGGCUGUGGGAUUUGUUUUGGUUGUAUGAAUGGAAUUUGGCCUGUGUGGCUCAGUCCUGUAAUUCAUUGUAGUCUUCAGAAUCUGACUUAGUGCAACAUCUGUAACAAUGGGCCUGUUAGCAACCUGAGAAUAACCUCCUGUCCGAAUCAUUUGUUUGCUGUCAUGCCGGAUGCUGCCUGGCUCCUGAGUGUUUGCUGGUUGUGUGGGUGGGUACUGGGUGACCAAAAGACUGGAGGGGAGAAAGAGUGAGCAGAAUGGAAGGGUGCGAGGCCUGUGCUGCUUCUUCAGGGGUUGCUUGCAGUUAUUGGCUGUUAAUUCUGAUGUUUGGGCUUGGAGCAUCUGUGUCCUCUUCUCCUGGCAUAUACUGAUCCCAGGUUUUUUGGUGAGAAGUUGGAGGUGCUGAUUCAGGACAUCCAUAGCAGACUGCAGUCAUUCUCUACCCCCAUCUGCCACCCUGCCUCGUCCAGACCUGGGAAACAUGGACCCUGGUGGAUGUUUGAAGUGUGUAUGGGUGUGUGUGUGUUAGGGGGGGUGUCAUGGCACAACUGACCCUAAACUUGUACCAUUCUUACCUCAAUAUGCUUUGGGAGUACUGCUCAAGAGCCAUCUAGAACCUUCCAUAAGAAGAGUUGUCUUGGCCUGAGUCCUCUGGUGCAGAAGAUGGGACCUGCCAACAAGUACAAACCAGGUGCUGUGGGAGUUUCCUGAAGAUGCUACAAGUUUUUGUGUUUCUUCCAGCUCAGCGAGGAGGCUGCCUGCCCUUCUCGCUGUAAGAAGAUGUCCUAUGGAUCCAUCACCAGUGGAGGUGGCCUGGGGAGCCAUGGACCUUUUGGGGGACCCUCAAGACAAGGCUGUCAGCCCCUAGAGUGCAUUAGAGGUUGGACCAAGUAUGGAAUCUGCCAUUUCCCCUUCUUGUCGCCAGAGAGCUGUACACAGGAGGCCCAUGCAGGGACAGAUGGGGAAGGUGAUCUGGGACUGGCAGGCGCACAGAGACCAGGGGCCAGGAAGCGAGGACCAGGCGUUGCCUCGGAAGGCAGCCAGAUGUUGGAGCCCACCUCUCCACCUGCUACCGGUCCAAGGAAGCAUUGUGCUGCUGGGCCUCACGGCCGGAUUGCAGGACCCAGUGCCAUCCGGGCCAAGAAGAGGAAGCCCAACUUCUGCCCACAGGAGACCGAGGUGCUGGUGUCCAAGGUCAGCAAGCACCACCAGCUGCUGUUUGGCACCGGCCUGCUGAAGGCCGAGCUCACCCGCAGGUACCGUGUGUGGAGCCGCAUCCUGCAAGCUGUGAACGCGCUGGGCUACUGCCGCCGCGAUGUCGUGGACUUGAAGCACAAGUGGCGGGACCUACGCGCUGUUGUGCGGCGCAAGCUCGGUGACCUCCAGAAGGCUGCCCCUGCGCCUGGCCCUGCCUCUGGCAAGCCAAAGGCCCUGGCCCUCACGCCUGUGGAGCAGGCAGUGGCCAAGACCUUCUCCUGCCCAACCCUGCCCACGGAGGGCAUUGGCCUCGAGCUGCCCAAAGUCACACAGGUUGACCCUUGUGACCUCCAGGAGCUGUGCCAGGAGACCUCGGCCAGUGUCUUCCGAAUCAACUCCAAUGUGACCACCUUGGAGAGGAGCCUCCGGUCCCUGGGAACACUGAGCGACACACAGGAGCUGCGGGACAGCCUGCAUGCAGUGCAGCAGGAGACCAACAAAGCCGUCACGGCUAGUGCCAGUGCCUUGAAGCAGAUGUCAGAGCUCCUGCGGGACUCCUGCCUGCAGGAGCGCCUUCAGCUGGAGCAGCUGAAGACCCAGCUCGCAGAUGCCGUUCAGCGCUACGGAGUGGUGCAGAAGAGAAUCGCAGAAAGGUCCAGAGCACUGCUACCCAUAGCUCAGAAGGGCAGCAAACAGCAGAGCCCUCAGGCCCCCCUUGUGGAGCUGGCUGACCACGAGAAGACCUUUAGCGGAGGUGACAACACGUGGCAGGGCCAGGAGCAGGCUCUGCUUCCGGACAUCACCGAGGGUGACCCGGAGGCCAUCCGGCUGCGUGAGGAAGCCGUCCUGCAGGAGAGUGAUUUGCUGGACGUGAAUCAGAUCAUCAAGGACUUGGCCUCCAUGGCAUCGGAGCAAGGAGAUACCGUUGGGUCCAGCAGCAGGAAGGCCACAAGCCGACACAUCACCCCUGAGCCAGCAGAGGCGGCCCUGCUACCAGGGGUGGGGCUGGGCACCACACCCCUGCGGCCCAGCAGCCACUCCCGUACCAAGACACGCAAACCAAACUUCAGUCCCCAGGAGACAGAGGUGCUGGUACGGAGGGUGGCACGCCACUACCCACUGCUCUUCGGGGCUCUGCAGGGCACACCUGCCUGGAAGCACCGUGUGUGGAGCAGGAUCCUGCAGGCUGUGAAUGCGCUGGGCUACUGCCGUCGCGACCUGGGUGAUCUCAAGCACAAAUGGAGAGACCUACGAGGUGCCGUACGCAAGAAACUGGCAGAGAGCCCGGGCCCUGGGCUGAUCCUCACACCUGUGGAGCACAUGGUAGCUGAGACCUUCUCGACCCCAACCCCCGAAGGCAAGAGCCUGGCAGUUGAGUCCCUGCCAACUGAUGAAGAGGACGAAGGUGCCAGCUGCCUGUGGCCGCCCCUGCGGACCCCAGAGAGGCCCAGUCCACCUGAACCUGACCCCCUGGACUUCCGAGGAGCAUUCCGUGCAUCCACUCCCUCACCCUCCCUCCCUGCCUCCCCAGCGUCGGAGGCCCCCGGGACCGCGGCCACGGGAUCCUGUGGGCCCUCUCCGCCUUCCUCGGCACCAGCACCCGUGAGGAUCCUGUCGGUGGAGCCCGAGGCAUCCCUGUUUGAGCAGCAGCUUCUGGACUCAGGCCAGCGGCAGGGCGCCCUGUUGGCCUCCUGGUCGCAGCAGCAGGGUGCACUGAUGGCCCAGCAAAACCUGCUGCUGCAGCGGCUGGCCGAGCAGAGCCAGCGGCUGGCGGACGCUGUCGAGGCCCUCAACCGGACCCUGGGGCGGCUGGUGGCAGUGGGCCCAGCCCGGGAGAUCUCCACCUCCGUCCUAGAAAGUGUGCCUGAUGGCGGACCCACUCAGGGAACUGCCGGAGUCCCCCAGGACAGUCCUCGGGGUACCCACCCAGGCCCCGAGGUCUUCUCAGGGAUGAUCCUGAAGGUGGAGGAAGAGCUGUAGGACUGUCCAGGGCCCUUCUGCACCAGGCCAGGGAGAGGACAGAGGCCCAGGACUGCAGGAAGCCUUGGAGGUUGAGAAGGUGUGGGGCAUCUCCCCUGGUGCCCUUCUGGCCCUGGCCCUGGCUGGCUGUGGCUGCCUGCAGGUCCGGCCUCCGCACCAGGCUUCAGGGCCAGGUCAGGGUCUGUUCAGGACAGUGGCAGUGAGUCUGGCCUCCUGCUGUCAGCUCCCACUUGAGCCGACUGGGCCAGUGACUGGUUGUCCGCAGGUCACCUCUCUGCAGGCCCACAGCAGAGGGACCUGGGGAUGGGGACCUGCCAGCUGCACGGGCUCAGAGGGCCUGGGUCGAGGCCUUGAUUCUGGUCCAAGGGAGCCACGUCUGUGAGCCUGGAGUUAUUUCUCCUUAACUUUACAUCUGUCAUACAUAAAUAAAUAUAAAUAUACA